CUCCCCAUCCUGCCCGCUCGGAAGGGAUGGAAAAUGGCGGCCUAGGCGCCCGGUUUCCUGCCCGACCAGCGGCGGUCCCGGCGGCCGGGGGCGCGGGGUCCGCGCGGCGCCAUGACGCGCUGGGUGCCCACCAAGCGCGAGGAGAAAUACGGCGUGGCCUUUUAUAACUACGACGCCAGGGGAGUGGAUGAACUCUCGUUACAAAUAGGAGACACCGUGCACAUCUUAGAAACGUAUGAAGGGUGGUACAGAGGUUACACCUUAAGAAAAAAAUCUAAGAAGGGUAUAUUUCCUGCUUCAUAUAUUCAUCUCAAAGAAGCAAUAGUCGAAGGAAAAGGGCAACAUGAAACGGUCAUCCCGGGCGACCUCCCGCUCAUCCAGGAAGUCACCACGACGCUCCGAGAGUGGUCCACCAUCUGGAGGCAGCUCUACGUGCAAGACAACAGGGAGAUGUUCCGAAGCGUGCGGCACAUGAUCUACGACCUGAUUGAGUGGCGGUCACAGAUCCUUUCUGGGACGCUCCCGCAGGAUGAGCUCAAGGAGCUGAAGAAGAAGGUCACCGCCAAAAUCGAUUAUGGAAACAGAAUUCUCGAUCUGGACUUGGUGGUGAGAGACGAAGAUGGGAACAUCUUGGAUCCAGAGCUAACCAGCACGAUCAGUCUCUUCAGGGCCCAUGAAGUGGCUUCUAGACAAGUGGAGGAAAGGCUGCAAGAGGAGAAGUCGCAGAAGCAGAACAUAGAUAUCAACAGACAGGCCAAAUUCGCCGCCACCCCUUCGCUGGCCUUGUUCGUCAACCUCAAAAACGUGGUUUGUAAGAUCGGAGAAGAUGCCGAAGUGCUCAUGUCUCUGUAUGACCCUGUGGAGUCCAAAUUCAUCAGUGAAAACUACCUGGUUCGCUGGUCAAGUUCAGGAUUGCCUAAAGAUAUCGACCGACUCCAUAAUUUGCGAGCUGUUUUUACUGACCUCGGGAGCAAAGACCUGAAAAGGGAGAAAAUCAGCUUUGUCUGUCAGAUCGUCCGUGUGGGUCGCAUGGAGUUGAGGGACAACAACACGCGGAAGCUGACCUCGGGCCUGCGGCGGCCCUUCGGAGUGGCCGUGAUGGAUGUAACAGAUAUAAUAAAUGGAAAAGUAGAUGAUGAAGAUAAACAACAUUUCAUUCCCUUUCAGCCGGUGGCAGGGGAGAAUGACUUCCUUCAGACUGUUAUAAACAAAGUCAUUGCUGCCAAAGAAGUCAACCACAAGGGCCAGGGUUUGUGGGUAACUCUGAAAUUACUCCCUGGAGACAUCCAUCAGGUUAGAAAGGAGUUUCCUCAUUUGGUGGACAGGACCACAGCAGUGGCUCGGAAGACGGGCUUCCCGGAGAUAAUCAUGCCUGGUGAUGUUCGAAAUGAUAUCUACGUAACAUUGGUUCAAGGAGAUUUUGAUAAAGGAAACAAAACCACCGCGAAGAAUGUCGAGGUCACGGUGUCCGUCUACGACGAAGACGGCAAGCGGCUGGAGCACGUGAUCUUCCCGGGGGCCGGCGACGAAGCGAUUUCAGAGUACAAGUCCGUGAUUUACUACCAAGUGAAGCAGCCGCGCUGGUUUGAGACCGUGAAGGUGGCCAUUCCCAUCGAGGACGUCAACCGCAGUCACCUACGCUUCACCUUCCGCCACCGCUCCUCACAGGACUCGAAGGAUAAAUCUGAGAAAAUAUUUGCCCUGGCGUUUGUGAAGCUGAUGAGAUACGACGGGACCACUCUGCGGGACGGGGAGCACGACCUCAUCGUCUAUAAGGCGGAAGCCAAGAAGCUGGAGGACGCGGCCACCUACCUGAGUCUGCCCUCCACGAAGGCCGAGCUGGAGGAGAAGGGCCACUCGGUGACGGGCAAGAGCAUGCAGAGCCUGGGCUGCUGCACCAUCAGCAAGGACUCCUUCCAGAUCUGCACUCUCGUCUGCUCCACGAAGCUCACCCAGAACGUGGACCUCCUGGGGUUGCUGAAGUGGCGUUCCAGCACCAGCCUGCUGCAGCAGAACCUCGGGCAGCUGAUGAAGGUGGACGGCGGGGAGGUGGUCAAGUUUCUCCAGGACACCUUGGACGCCCUGUUCAACAUCAUGAUGGAGAACUCCGAGAGCGAGACCUUUGACACGCUGGUGUUUGAUGCCCUGGUAUUCAUCAUCGGACUCAUUGCUGAUAGAAAAUUCCAGCAUUUUAACCCCGUUUUGGAAACCUACAUUAAGAAACACUUCAGCGCAACUUUGGCCUACACGAAGCUGACGAAGGUCCUGCGGAACUACGUGGACAACGCGGAGAAGCCGGGCAUCAACGAGCAGCUGUACAAGGCCAUGAAGGCCCUGGAGUACAUCUUCAAGUUCAUCGUGCGCUCCCGGGUGCUGUUCAACCAACUCUAUGAGAACAAGGGCGAGGCCGACUUCAUGGAGUCCCUUCUGCAGCUGUUCCGGUCCAUCAGCGCCAUGAUGAGCAGCACGUCGGACCAGACCUUCAGGGUGAAGGGCGCCGCGCUCAAGUACCUGCCCACCAUCGUCAACGACGUGAAAUUGGUGUUUGAUCCCAAAGAGCUCAGCAAAAUGUUUACUGAUUUCAUCCUAAAUGUUCCCGUGGGUUUGCUGACCAUUCAGAAGCUGUAUUGCUUGAUCGAAAUCGUUCACAGUGACCUCUUCACGCAGCACGACUGCAGAGAGAUCCUGCUGCCCAUGAUGACAGACCAGCUCAAGUACCAUCUGGAGAGACAGGAGGACCUGGAGGCCUGCUGCCAGCUGCUGAGCGACAUGCUGGAGGUGUUGUACAGGAGGGACGUGGGUCCCACUCAGAGGCACGUCCAGAUCAUCAUGGAGAAGCUUCUCCGGACGGUGAACAGGACGGUCAUCUCCAUGGGGCGGGAUUCCGAGCUCAUCGGGAACUUCGUGGCUUGCAUGACGGCCAUUUUACGACAGAUGGAAGAUUUCCAUUAUGCCCAUUUGAUCAAGACUUUCGGGAAGAUGAGGACUGAUGUGGUGGAUUUCCUGAUGGAAACAUUCAUUAUGUUUAAGAACCUCAUUGGAAAGAACGUCUACCCUUUCGACUGGGUGAUCAUGAACAUGAUGCAGAACAAAGUCUUCCUGAGAGCGAUUAAUCAGUAUGCAGAUAUGCUGAACAAAAAAUUUCUGGAUCAAGCCAACUUUGAGCUACAGCUGUGGAAUAACUACUUCCACCUGGCGGUCGCCUUCCUCACCCAGGAGUCCUUGCAGCUGGAGAACUUCUCGAGCGCCAAGCGAGCCAAAAUCCUCAACAAGUAUGGAGACAUGAGGAGACAGAUUGGCUUCGAAAUCAGAGACAUGUGGUACAACCUCGGUCAGCACAAGAUCAAGUUUAUUCCAGAAAUGGUCGGCCCUAUGUUGGAAAUGACGCUCAUUCCCGAGACAGAACUCCGCAAAGCCACGAUCCCCAUCUUCUUCGACAUGAUGCAGUGCGAGUUCCACUCCACCCGAAGCUUCCAGAUGUUCGAAAAUGAGAUCAUCACCAAGCUGGAUCACGAAGUGGAAGGAGGCAGAGGAGACGAACAAUACAAAGUGUUAUUUGAUAAAAUCCUCCUGGAGCACUGCCGGAAACACAAGUACCUCGCCAAAAGCGGGGAGACGUUCGUGAGGCUGGUGGUGCGCCUGAUGGAGAGGCUGCUGGACUACAGGACCAUCAUGCACGACGAGAACAAGGAGAACCGCAUGAGCUGCACCGUCAACGUGCUGAAUUUCUACAAAGAAAUUGAAAGAGAAGAAAUGUAUAUAAGGUACCUGUACAAGCUGUGUGACCUGCACAAGGAGUGCGACAACUACACGGAAGCCGCUUACACGCUGCUGCUCCACGCAAAGCUCCUGAAGUGGUCGGAGGAUGUGUGCGCGGCCCACCUCACCCAGCGGGACGGGUACCAGGCGACGACGCAGGGACAGCUGAAGGAGCAGCUGUACCAGGAGAUCAUCCACUACUUCGACAAGGGCAAGAUGUGGGAGGAGGCCAUCGCCCUGGGCAAGGAACUGGCCGAACAGUACGAAAACGAAAUGUUUGAUUACGAGCAGCUCAGCGAACUGCUGAAAAAACAAGCUCUGUUUUACGAAAACAUCGUCAAAGUGAUAAGACCCAAGCCUGACUACUUCGCUGUGGGUUACUACGGACAAGGGUUUCCCACUUUCCUCCGGGGCAAAGUUUUCAUUUACCGGGGGAAAGAGUACGAACGCCGGGAAGAUUUUGAGGCUCGGCUGUUAACUCAGUUUCCAAAUGCUGAGAAAAUGAAGACAACUUCUCCACCCGGCGACGAGAUUAAGAACUCCCCCGGCCAGUAUAUCCAGUGCUUCACCGUGAAGCCCAAGCUGGAUUUGCCCCCCAAAUUCUACAGGCCCGUCUCGGAGCAGAUUGUAAGUUUUUACAGGGUGAACGAGGUCCAGCGAUUCGAAUAUUCCCGGCCGAUCCGCAAGGGAGAGAAAAACCCAGACAAUGAAUUUGCGAACAUGUGGAUAGAGAGGACCAUCUACACAACUGCGUACAAGUUACCCGGAAUUUUAAGGUGGUUUGAGGUCAAGUCUGUUUUCAUGGUGGAGAUCAGCCCCCUGGAGAACGCCAUCGAGACCAUGCAGCUCACCAACGACAAGCUGAACAGCAUGGUGCAGCAGCACCUGGACGACCCCAGCCUCCCCAUCAACCCCCUGUCCAUGCUCCUCAACGGCAUCGUGGACCCUGCCGUCAUGGGUGGCUUUGCAAAUUAUGAAAAGGCCUUCUUCACAGAGCGGUACCUUCAGGAGCACCCAGAAGCCCUGGAGAAGAUCGAGAAGCUCAAGGACCUGAUCGCGUGGCAGAUUCCAUUUUUGGCCGAAGGGAUCCGGAUCCAUGGGGAGAAAAUCACCGAGGCGCUGAGGCCGUUCCACGAGAGGAUGGAAACCUGCUUCCGACAGCUCAAGGAGAAGGUGGAGAAGCAGUACGGCGUCCGGACCAUGCCCUCAAGCCUGGAUGACAGACGAGGCAGCCGUCCCCGGUCCAUGGUGCGAUCCUUCACCAUGCCGUCCGCAUCCCGGCCUCUGUCGGUGGCCUCUGUCUCCUCCCUGUCAUCAGACAGCACCCCUUCCAGGCCGGGCUCUGAUGGGUUUGCCCUGGAGCCCCUCCUGCCAAAGAAAAUGCACUCGAGGUCCCAGGACAAGCUGGACAAGGACGACCCCGAGAAGGAGAAGAAGGACAAGAAGAAGGAGAAGAGGAACAGCAGGCACCAGGAGAUAUUCGAUAAGGAAUUUAAACCCGCGGACGCGGCCCCGCAGCUGUCUGAGGCUGUGAUCCUCUCAGAAACGAUAAGUCCCUUGCGGCCCCAGAGGCCGAAGAGCCAGGUGAUCAACGUCAUUGGAAGUGAGAGGCGCUUCUCAGUGUCCCCGUCGUCACCGCCCGCCCAGCAGACACCCCCUCCCGUCAUGCCACGGACCAAGCUCAGCUUCAGUGUGCAGUCCAGUUUGGAGCUGAAUGGCAUGGCCGUGGCCGGGAUGGACGUGGCCGAGGUCCCACCCCCUCUGCCUCUGAAGGGCGGCAUGGCGGACUACGGGAAUCUCAUGGACAGCCAGGACUUGAUGGGCUCUCCCGCACCCCCGCCUCCCCCUCCUCACCAGAGGCACCUGCCGCCUCCGCUGCCCAGCAAGACCCCGCCUCCGCCCCCUCCGAAGACCACGCGCAAGCAGACAUCGGUGGACUCCGGCAUCGUGCAGUGAGCAGGGCGGACACGCUGCAAAGAGCGAGCUGUCAUCAUGCCUGUCCCCGUCCCCGCCCCCUUCUGUGUCUGGCGUUGACCUCAUUGGACCCGAGGUGUCUGACAUUUAGGGCCAUUGCUUUUCCUUAAAAGGAGUUCCUUCUCAGCCUUGGACUGUGUGGAUUUUAGUAUUGGGGACCACGGUGGAUAUGGGCCAGGGACGUCCUGGGGUGUUUAUCAAACUAGGGGCUUCUGAGUGUCCUCUUGGAGAGAGCCCAAGUCUUGCCCCAAAGCCCUUUCUUCUCGUGCCUUUUGUGCCAAAUGUCAUUAGCAAAGAGGGAGGCGGAGCUGAGCUGAGCCCAGCAGAAGGGAGGCGUCGUCCUCGGGAACCCCGUAAGUAGCCCCCGAGCUUCCCACGCCUCAUCUUGGCAUCGGCCAACCCCCAGCUUCCGCGCGGGAUGAUUUCUCAGACCCUCCCGGCUGCAGCCCGCGGCGGGGCUUUGCGUGGGUGGAGUGCAUCUCCAACGACGGCAGUUACGGCGGACUGUUUCAGGGAGUGCCUGGUCUCCUCUGGUAUAAUUUAAAAUAGGAUAUUUCUCAGCUACUGAACAGUUACUAAUUUAUGGAGUGGAAACACCAUUAAAAAUACUGGAUCAAGUGGAAGAAUAACUAUGCGUAUAGGAAGAUCAGUUUUUGUCUUUUUAAAUAGAGAAUACAUGUUCUGUGAGAGAUGGUUUUAACUGGGUGAGUUCUUUUUGUCCUCUGUACAGAAGUGUAUAUAUAUAUGCUGGUUCUCACGACUUUUUAAUUGUUGUGGUCCUUCCAUUUAUUGUAAUAGUUGUCCGCAGUGAUUCCCGAUGUGUGCUCUUCAUUUUUAACUGCUGGAAAUGUAAAAAAAAAAAAAAAAAAUCCAAAUUAAUUUCUGUUGUUUUUUUCAAAGCUCCAACGUCCUGAGAAUGUCGACGAAUGAUGAUUUUAAAAGGCUAACUUUGUAUAACCUAAUAUUUUUAUUCUAUCAUCUAUAUUUUUUUAUUCACUGUAAUCAUGAUACCCUUCUAAU